AUGCUCAAGUCAAUCAUCUUCCUCGGCCUCUCGGCCGCCGCCACCACCCUUGCGUACGACCUUUCCCCCGUGGAGGUCUCCCCUCUCGAGUUCACCCCGCAUGUCAAGCGCCAGUUUACUCGCGUCCCCUGCAGCGAGAUUGGCAGGAAGGACUGCGGCGACGGCUGCAUCCCGCUGUUGUCCACCUGCUGCCCCGAUGGCAGCGGCGGUUGCCCCGUGACGUCGGUCUGCCAGCUCGGCAACAACGGCAAAUACGGCUGCUGCCCCAUUGGCCGCGUCUGCACCGGCGCCGGCGGUGCCAGCACCAACUCCAUCACCCUGACGCGCACUGUGACGGACGAGAGCACCGUCGAGCUCCCGCCCACGCCGGUCCCUACUACUACCGAGACCCCCGACGUUCCCACAGAGACUCCCACUCUGACGCCUGAGGAGACGUCCACACAAACGCCGGAAGAGCCCUCCGCGACCACCUCGACAUCACUCGUUGUCCCCGAUAAGACGACGACCACCACCACCACCACCAGAGCGCCUGUCCCAACAUCUACGCCGAGCCCAACGACGUCCCGUCCGCCGGUCGUCACGGCCAACGGAGCUCUGACUUACGGAGCUUCGUUCGUCCAGGCCGUCGGAGCCGCUGCCUUGGCUUUGUUCGCUCUCUGA